AUGUCAAGCAAAAGCUUAUCAUCGCUUGAUUCAAAGCAGCCGAUAGUCCAACAGACGCCGGUUCCGACCACAAAGAAUGCUGUAAAAAGUGGAGUUUUGGCUGCGGGUGGUUCAGUCGAGUUCUAUGAACCCAUCGCGGAGUACGAAGGAAAACAUCGAUAUGAUCCACUUGCCGAAUGGACGGAGAAGGAAGAGCAGCUGCUCGUUAGAAGGCUCGACUACAGAAUCUGUUCUUGGGUCUGUCUGAUGUUCUUCGCACUUCAGCUGGAUCGUGGUAAUAUCGGACAAGCAUUAUCCGACGGAAUGCUUGAUGACCUCGGGCUAUCAACUAACCAGUACAACUACGGCAUGACCAUAUUCUAUCUUUGCUUCCUGUGCGCAGAGGUGCCGUCUCAAAUGAUCUCCAAAAAGCUUGGCCCCGACGUAUGGAUUCCCAUUCAGAUGGUUCUUUGGAGUGUAGUGGGGAUUUGCCAGGGCCUAGUCAGCGGCGAGCACAGCUUCUAUGCUACUCGAGCACUUCUCGGUCUGAUAGAAGGUGGCUUUAUUCCUGACGCACUUCUUUACCUAUCCUACUUCUAUACAAAUAAUGAGCUACCCAUGCGAAUCGCCUUCUUUUACUGUUGUUCCAGCGGUACUGCUAUCGUCGCGGCGUUUUUGGCAUUUGGAAUUCUGCACAUGCGAUCCAUCGGCGGCUGGGAAGGCUGGAGGUGGCUGUUUGUGCUCGAGGGUGCUGUUACCUUCACUAUUGGUGUCAUCUCCUGGUUUUAUCUACCUCCAAGUCCGACGCAAACAGCAAGCUGGUUUCGAGGGAAAGAUGGUUGGUUCUCAGAGAGGGAGGAAGUUAUCAUGGUCAAUCGAGUCCUACGAGAUGAUCCGGCAAAGGGUGGCAUGCAUAAUCGUCAAGGUCUGACACUGAAACUUUUGCGGGACGCUCUCAUGGACUACGAUCUUUGGCCAAUGUAUUUGAUCAGUCUCACGCUGCUGGUUCCUAUUAAUCCUGAAUCAGCAUAUGUGACCCUAUUUUUAAGGUCACUUGGCUUUGAUACAUUCAAGGUCAAUCUCCUGACCAUUCCUGCGACCGUGUUAUUCCUGAUCCAACUCAUCUUUUGGUCUUGGGUGUCUGAAAAGAUCAACAACCGCAUGGUCAUUUUACUAUUUUAUUCCUUUUGGGUUUUCCCUCUUCUGAUGGCACUAGAGCUGAUGCCGGUGACUGCAAGUCCUUGGAGUUGGUACGCAGUUACAGUUCUGGUCAUUGGUUCUCCAUAUGUCCAUUCUAUCAAUGUCAGCUUGAUCUCGCGGAACGCCGGUUCUGUGCGCACUCGCACUGUGGGUAGUGCAGUAUAUAACAUGCUUUGUCAAACAGGCUCUAUCAUUUCUUCAAACAUCUACCGAACGGAUGAUAAACCCUACUACCGAAAGGGAAACAAGAUCCUUCUGGCUCUUGUCGGAUGGAACGUUUUGGUCACCAUCUUCAUUAAGCUCUACUAUAUGCGGAGGAACAAAAAACGUGAGCAGCUUUGGAAUGCUAUGAGUCCAGAUCAGAAACAGCAUUACUUGAGAACAACGAAAGAUGAGGGCAACAAAAAGUUGGACUUCCGAUUUGCCCACUAG